UCUUUCCUGACCAGAUCAGCCCAGAUUAAGUAAGGCCUCUUCUCUAUAAAAGUACAAAGACAUAGUGCUCAAAAUGCUUGCUACAAUGCAAGCCCUUCAGUUGCUCCUGCUGCUACUGCUUAUCCUGCCAGCCACAGGUUCAGACCCUGUGCUCUGCUUCACCCAGUAUGAGGAGUCCUCUGGCAAAUGCGCAGGCCUGCUUGGAGGAGAUGUCAGUGUGGAAAACUGCUGUCUCAAUGCUGCCUAUGCCUUCCAGGAGCAUGGUGGUGGUCCCUGUCAGGCAUGCAGAGUCAGUUCAAACCAGGAUGAAACAUGGGCUCCUCUCUGUAGGUCCCCACGAUGGUCACCAUGGUCCUCAUGGGCCCCCUGCUCAGUUACAUGCUCUGAGGGGUCCCAACUGCGACACAGGCGCUGUGUGGGCAGGGGUGGGCAGUGCUUUGAGAAGGUGGCUCCUAGGAUCCUUGAGUGGCAGCUACAGGCCUGUGAGGACCAGCCAUGCUGUCCAGAAAUGGGUGGUUGGUCUGAGUGGGCACCCUGGGGGCCUUGCUCUGUCACCUGCUCCAAAGGAACCCAGACCCGUCAACGAGUAUGUGAUCACCCUGCUCCUAAGUGUGGGGGCCACUGCCCAGGAGAGGCCCAGCAAUCACAGGCCUGUGACACUCAGAAGCUCUGCCCCACACAUGGUGCUUGGGCAGCCUGGGGCCCCUGGAGCCCCUGCUCAGGAUCCUGCCUGGGUGGAGCUCAAGAACCUAAGGAAACACGAAGCCGCACGUGUUCUGCACCAGCACCUUCCCACCAGCCCCCUGGGAAACCCUGCUCAGGACCAGCCAAUGAGCAUCGGGGCUGCACUGGCCUACCACCCUGUCCAGUUGCUGGUGGCUGGGGGCCAUGGGGCCCUGUGAGCCCAUGCUCUGUGACCUGUGGCCUAGGCCAGACCCUAGAACGACGGACAUGUGAUCAUCCUGUACCCCGUCAUGGGGGCCUCUUCUGUGCUGGUGAUGCUACUCGAACCCACAUCUGUAACACAGCCAUACAUUGCCCUGUAAAUGGGGAGUGGGAAGCCUGGGGGAAAUGGAGUCACUGUAGCCGUGUGAACAUGAAAUCUAUCAGCUGUGAGGAAAUCCCAGGCCAGCAGUCACGCACAAGGACCUGUGGAGGCCGCAAGUUUGAUGGAAAGAGAUGUUCUGGGAACCACCAGGAUAUUCGACACUGCUAUGACAUCCAUAAUUGUGUCUUGAAAGGUUCAUGGUCACAGUGGAGUACCUGGAGUCUGUGCACACCACCAUGUGGACCCAACCCCACCCGUGUCCGCCAGCGUCUCUGCACACCUUUGCUCCCCAAGUUCUCGCCUACAGUUUCCGUGGUCGAAGGUCAGGGUGAGAAGAAUGUUACCUUCUGGGGAACCCCACGAUCACUGUGUGAGGAGCUACAGGGGCAGAAGCUGAUGGUGGAAGAGAAACGCCCAUGUCUACAUGUGCCUGCCUGCAAAGACCCAGAGGAGGAGAAGCCCUAAAAUCUCUUGCUUCCAUUCUAACCCCCUUAUCUUCCAGACUUCAAUAAACAGUCUUUCUAAA